AUGACCGACUCACAUCGUCAGAGCCAGCAUUUGCUGCCAGACUCUUCGAGGUCCGACUCGCCCGCCCCCGAAUUGACCUCGCCCGAGAACGAAGGACCCGCCGCCUUCUGGAGCCCGUUGGGCCGCCAUCCCUCCGUCGACCGGGGAUACCUACACGAGUCGCCGCACGAUCCGGCCUCGCAACCGGCCAUCGGACUGGGAAUCACCUCGCAUGCUCCCUCGACGACUCCAUCCGCUGCUCCGUCGCGGGAUGCCUCACCCGCGCCGCCACCGGUCACCUCGACGGCGCGAGACCCGACGCCGCCGACCCCCGACGACGAGGCCGGGGGUCGACACGCCUCGCAGGCGACACUGGUAUCGCCGAUGAUGCGAUGUCCCACGCAGAAAGGGAUCCAGCAGCGUCGUCUGUCGUGGGUGCCGCUGACCAUCCUCACCCUAGCUAUCUAUGCCACCAUCGUGUCGGGCAUCUACCUCGUGAUCGCUCUGGUGCGACCGCGAUACGGGCGAGCCAUCGGAGCAGACGGCGCAGUGGUACCGGCGACGGCAACGUUGUUGAGCGCCCUGUUCGCUAAAACCGUGGAGCUGUCCUAUGUGACGGUGUGCGUCGCGUUUCUCGGCCAGGUGCUCAGUCGGCGGGCGCUGACGCAGGGCUCACGCGGCAUCACUAUCUCGGACAUGAGCAUGCGCUCAUGGAUCAUGCAGCCGGGUGCCUUGAUCGUGCACUGGGAGACGCUUCGCUACUCGGCGGCCACCGUCCUGGGGGCUAUCACGUUGACGGCCACCGUAGUAGCGAUGCUGUAUACCACGGCUGCGGAAGCCCUCGUCUCCCCCAAGCUCCGCAUGGGACCGAUGCAGCAGCGUCUGCUGGCUGGCAACGUAUCGACCACAUUUGCCAAUCCCUACUACCUGGCCGACAACUGUCCGGCCCUCAUCCACAAAGACCAAGACCCUGACUACCAGGGAACGACGUGUCUGGACAUGCAGCACGUCGGCCAAGCCUACCACAACUACCAGAUGUAUCUGGGUGAAUGGGGCGAACGCAGCAGCACCAGCACUGCCCCCCGUCCCCUACCGACCGGGUCGCUGCACGACAACACGACACUAACGGGCAGCUGGAUCGAACGGACGAACCUGACGGAGCUCUCGCAGAAGCACGGCCGACUGGUCAAUAACAUCACGGCGGCAAUGCCGCACGGGGGCAUUCUCAGCGUCACGUCGUACACGGCCAACAAGCUGCCCGAUCCACAGUCGCUCUCGGGCGAGGGCAACUUCGAGUUGGAGGCGUCGGUGCUGGCGCCGGCAGUCAACGUUCUCUGCGUUGGUAUGAACAAAUCGGAACUUGCGCCGCUGGUCUACACCGAAUGGCCCGACGUGGGCGACAAGUUCGACGCCGUCAAAUGGACCAAUGAUCCGCCGGACGACAUCCCCGUCUAUCCCAGCUGGCUCAACCGCACCGUUGUUGACGACCUGUUUGGCUGGGGCCCCAAGUACGGCCAGCGUCCGCCGGUGUUUGGCAAGCUGCCUCGCCCGUACAACACACUGCUGAAUACCACCGGUCGCUAUCCCGCCGACAGUAUCUACCUACUGGGCGCUACCGCCGCCGAUACCAAUCCCCCCUACGUGCUCUGUGCCCUGAAGGCCAAGCAGAGCCCGCGCUGCGUCACGCAGUACAACGCCACGGCGAGCGGAUCGCAGCUGAGCACGCGCUGCGAGGACUCGUCUAACCCGUUGCAGCUCGAUCAACGCCGUCCCAGCGCCCCCGACGCGCAGUGGGAGCCCGACUGGAAGAACAUCGCGUCCGAGUGGGCGACCUCGCUGAGCCUGGGGACCGGCAUUACCGACAGUCGGGCUAGCAACUCGCGACUGCUGAUGCAGCUGGUGCCUACGGACAUGACGCUGGAUCCCACGCUGCCAUCGGUGGCCGAGGCACUGGCGGUGAUGGCGGGCAGCACGCUGAUCAUGAGUUCCACCAGCGCGCCCUUCGAGCCUGGAUGGAACUCGUCCGAGGCAUCAUUGGCGACGCCCGUGCCGCAGUCGUUCUCGGCGAAUGUCCGGUCAAUUGGAUACGCGUCGGGCAGCUCGCAGCGCUGGCAAGGGGUCUUCUACGUCAUUCUGAUCUUCGCCUUCAUCACCAGCGCCAUCUGCCUAGCCUUCAUGCUGUUUGAGGUGCGCGGACGCCAGGUGACCGACUUCACCGACCCGCAGAAUCUCUUCACGCUGGCCAUGAACAGCCCGGCCACACCGCGUCUGCAGGGGGCCUGCGGUGCUGGUCCUCAGGGGCCGCAACUCAAGGAGCGGUGGGUGGUGGCCAUGGAGGAGGACCACGAGCAUUAUUACCUGCGAACGCCAGGCGAAGAUCCCCUAGGACCCCCCAAGCGAUCGGCGACGGCGAUCUCGAUGGCGUCGAUGGAGGUCGAGGAUCCCAAGGCGAUCAGUCCGGCCAUGAACGAGUAUCGGCAGCUGUCGACGCAGCGCAGCUUUCUAUCGCGAUUCUAUUAG